GGGGCCCCGGUGCACGGUCAGAAGUGCUAUCCGUGUGGCGUUGUGUGUGUGUGAGUGUGUGCGUGUGUUCUCCUGCCGAAGAUGUUGCUCAAGGUGUGCGCUGUGCUGCUGAUGCUGCAAGGGGCGCUGGGGCAGCAGAGCCACCCACAGCUGCAGGCGUACCUCGCCCAGCAGCAACAACUGCAGCAGCAACAGCAGCAGCAGCCGGCCAGGCAACAGUACCGGCUCGUCCCGGCCGCCGCGGCGCAGGCACCUCAGCGGUACGUGCAGCAGUACGCCGACGACGAGGGUGCGGCGCAGUACCAGCAGGUGGCCGCCGUGCCGCGACCCCAGUACCAGCCGCAGCAGCCGCUGUACCGCACCGCGCCCCUCGCAGUGCCGCAGUCCCAGCUCAGGCUGCGGCCGCAGCAGGCGCAGCAGGAGCAGGAACUGCAGAACCCCGAGGACUACGACCCCAACCCCCAGUACCAGUUCGGCUUCGACGUCAAGGAUGACCAGUUCACCAACUACCAGAACCGCAAGGAGCAGCGCGAGGGCGACAAGAUCACCGGCAGCUACAGUGUCGUGGACUCGGACGGCUUCAUCCGCACCGUCACUUACACCGCCGACCCCAAGGAGGGCUUCAAGGCCGAGGUGACCCGCACCCCCACCGACAUCGUGGUGAAGCUGCCCACGCCGCCGCCCCAGCAGCUCCAGGACGCUCACGGACUGCAGCGGCAGCUGUCGGCCCGCCAGCAGCAGUACCUGCAGGCGCAGCAGGCCGGCCCCGAGCCCCAGCAGCAGCAACCAAGCAAGCAUGGAGUGUGCACUCCAUGCCGUGAUAUUGAACCAUAUCGUGUGGUGUCGACUUAUCGAACCGUCUGA